AUGAAGCUGCGGAACAGCAACAGCAGGACGCGGAUAAACGAACACAGGCAUGUUUUGCAUACAACACGCCUGUUUAAUCAUUUAUCUGUGCGCUUUGCCUAUGCAAAUUAUAAACAUACUAUGAGGACUCGUCGAAAACGAUUGAAAGUUGUGAAAGAAGAGGAUGAGGUAAAGCAGGAAGAAGUUGAGGCAGAGACCGAAGGUAAGGACGACGGUGCUGAAAAAGAUGAGACAGCAGUCGAAGAGGAAACUAGCAGAGAGGAUGCAAAAAUUAAAGAAAACGAAGAGUCGCGCGAAACAGCGGAAGAGGAAGCGAUAGAGGAAGAACAUGAAGAUGAGGAGGAAGAGCCGGCCGAAAAGAAACCUAAAUGGAGGAGGAAACCUAGGACUAUUCAACCAUCUGCUGCUGAAAAAGCAAAACGUCUCUCGAUGUCAAAUCGAAACAAACAACAAAUAACGAUGAAUCUCUUGAAUGAAGACGAGGAUGAAGAAAGUGAAAAUGAGGAAGAGGAAGAUGAGAAUGAGCCCACUGAGAACGAGGAAGUCUUUCACGAAAGCUCUAACGAAAUAGCUGCUGUGAAGAAGGAAAAGUUUAAUGACCGAAGUGCUUAUAAACGCCAUGCAAUAACAAAUCGUGACGAUCACAAAUAUCGGGAACAGCUGGAUCGAGCUGAUUUCCUCGUUGAAAAGGUCGGUAAAAAGCGUAGGCAUUAA